CCUUCGGUUCAGUUGAGUUUCAACGGUCCCAACGAGUAGGCACGCGGCUCGAACCCUACAGCAACCUACCUACCUUGUUAUAGUUUGCUUUUUUAUCCGGGUGUCGGUUUUUUAACAACUCACAUUCUUUCCCUUUUGUCGUGUGUUCGCCUCGCAGAGCGAAAGUGCAGUGCGCUAGUCCAAGUUUUUCGAGGAAAGGGUUUUGGACAGUGUAGAAAGAGGUGAUUGAACCGCGACGACUACGACGACGACGACGAUGCUGGUCAAGAUUGUUCUGUUGGUGACCCUGGCCGUGGUCUCGAGCCACGCGCAGUCAAAGGUUCCGGUCUACGUGUACUACGAGUCGCUAUGCCCGGACAGUGCCAAGUUCAUCAACGAGCAGCUGUACCCGACCGUGAAGCAGUUCCCGAACAACAUCGACCUCAAGCUGAUUCCGUUCGGAAAGUCCAGCUACCGGACCCAGGGCUCGGAAACCCUGUUCGAAUGCCACCACGGGCCAAACGAGUGCUACGGCAACAAGGUGCAUGCAUGUGCCCUGGCCAACAUCGAGGGUAACUCGUACCAACCGAACCGGACCAAGGAAGCGCUGACCCUCGAAUACGUCAACUGCCUGAUGGAGCGGGCGCAGUUCAAGAGCGGCGAAUUCCCCGGCAAGGCCUGUGCCGACCAGUUCGAGAUCAACUGGGAAACGAUCGAACAGUGCUCCAACAGCACCCAGGGAAGCAACCUGCUGAGGAACUACGGAGAUGAGACCCUUAAGCUGCAGAACCCGCUGGCCAGCGUUCCGACGGUUGCCUUCCGUCAGACCUUCGACAGUGACGUCCAGAAGCUGGCCGUGGAUAACUUCCGUGCGGCGCUGUGCAAGAACCUGAGCCCCGCUCCCAUGGAGUGCCGUGUUGGUCCUGGUGGUGGUGCUGCCGCAGUCGCUUCGGUCGCUCUGCUGACCGUUGUAUCGCUGGCGUUGACGCGUUUGAUCUAAACGCUCCCGGGAGAUGAAACGCCCGAAACCUUCAUCCGUCCGUCCUCUCACCAGAAGAGUGGUGCAUUUAGAAUAUCUACCGUAGAACCGUAACUACAAUCUGUGUAUGUGUAUAAGCAGUUACGCAACCGAACGUUUCCGCAAGGGAUUCCGUCCAAGUACUUUUGAAAAGUCCUGUUGUUCCAAGCGCAGUCUGCAGCACGUUUUGUAGAUGUUAUAAGAUCUGAAAAGUAAUUAUCGAUGUUCAAAGUUUGUUCUAAAGUUAAGGAAGAUGUAACAAAAUUAUAUGAAUAAAGUGAUUUUACCUAAAGCUU